GACGUCAUCGUCCUGCGCCUCGCUCGUGUUGUGGUCCUGUCACACAACUAGUCUGCAGACAGCGCUGCAGUGUAGGGGUGCUGCAUUUGUUUUGUCUGUGAAACUAAUACUAAUACAGAUUUAAUAAUAAUUCAAGAUGAAUGAGACAGAUGGAUUGCGGUAUCGAAGGUUGAACAGAGCUAAGAUAAUAACUGACGAGCCACAGGCGCCUGAAAACAAGAACAGUUCCUACAGCGGGAAGGUUUUUCGUGUGACGCUAGUGACACUGGCGGUCUCUUUGCUAGUUCCAUUGAUUGGUGCAAUAAUUCUGCUGGAGUCUCCAAUAGAGCCUCAGUAUUUAAGCUUUCUGGAACCUCCUCUUAUGUCUGGGGCUUUGGAGCCAAACUUUAAACUGAGACAGGCAGAGAGGUUAUUUGAAGGCCAACUUAUUGGGCCAGAGUCUAUGGCAAAUAUUGGAGGUGUAUUGUAUACCGGAACAGCAGAUGGGAAAAUUGUAAAAAUAGAAGAUGGUAAAAUUCAUACCCUGGCAACAUUAGGAAGACCUCCCUGUGGGACUCAAAAGGAUGAACCAAACUGUGGGCGACCCCUUGGCAUUCGAGCCAGUCAAAAUAGAACCUUGUUUGUUGCUGAUGCCUAUCUUGGACUAUUUGAAGUGAAUCCGUUCACAGGUGAAGUGAAAGAGCUGGUUUCUACUCAGAUUCCAGUCAAUGGCAAGAGGUUGUCCUUUGUGAAUGACCUUGAUGUCACACGGGAUGGUAGAAAGAUCUACUUCACAGACUCCAGCAGUAAAUGGCAGAGGAGGGACUACGCUUACCUUUUCAUGGAGGGUAUUAAUGAUGGACGCCUCUUAGAAUAUGAUACCUUUACAAAAGAAGUCACUGUUCUUAUGGAUGAUCUAAGAUUUCCCAAUGGAGUCCAGCUUUCCCCAAAUGAGGAUUUUGUGCUGGUGGCAGAAUUGACCAUGGCAAGGAUCCGGAGGUGUUAUGUAUCAGGGCUGAAUAAAGGUGGUCUCGAUUUGUUUGUUGAAAAUCUUCCUGGUUUUCCUGACAAUAUUCGCUCAAGCAGCUCAGGAGGUUACUGGGUUGCAAUGUCGGCUGUGCGCCCCAAUCCUGGAUUUUCCAUGCAUGAUUUCCUAUCUCAAAAGCCUUGGAUUAAAAAGAUUAUUUUCAAGCUUCUUAGUCAAGAGACACUGAUGAAGUUUGUGCCAAAGUACAGUCUUGUGGUGGAGCUGCAUGACAGUGGCGUCUGUAAGAGAAGCUUCCAUGACCCACAUGGCACUGUGGCAACGUACGUCAGCGAAGCCCAUGAACAGGACGGGUACCUCUACCUGGGAUCCUUCAGAUCACCAUUCCUCUGCAGACUUAAUCUAAAUGAAGUGUGAUUCCAGCCUGGGGAGAGAACCAGUUUCUAUACAAUGUUGCUGUGCUUUUUUUUUUUUUUAAUAAUUAAAUGCACUGAAUAUUAAACUUUUUUUUUUGUUUCCCCCCCCAUUGAGCAA